AAGUCUAUUUGACGUAAAACAGGAAGUGUUCGAUACACAUCUGCUGGCGCGUUUCAUGCUCGUUUCAUCGUCCUACUCGCAGAUUAUUUUCACUUCCUCUGGUACCUCGUGAUCAGUUUAACUAGUCUUGCACAGGAAACUAAACCAACGGACAUGCAGACAGAGAAAGAAGCGGAGGACGACGCGCCUCCCGAAGAGUACGUCGGUCUGUCCGACUUCACUGCAAGUGGCGAAGACGAGCUCAGUUUCUGCAGCGGCGACAAGCUGCAUGUGCUCUCCAAGUCUUCGUCAGACUGGUGGUGGGCGGAGCUACGGGGGGUCAAAGGUUACGUGCCCGCCAGCUAUCUGCGCCCAGAGGGCGCAGAGGAGGAUCCGUGGCAGGAUGAAGAAUACUUCGGCAGCUAUGGGACACUGACGCUUCACUUGGAGAUGCUCUCCGACAGGAGUCGCACCGAGGCGUAUCGGCAGGUUGUUCUCAGCAACAGUGCGUCUCUCAGGGAUAAGGUGGUGAUGGACCUCGGCUGUGGGACUGGCAUCAUCAGCCUGUUCUGUGCCCAGCUGGCCCAACCCUCGGUGGUGUACGCUGUGGAGGCCAGCUCCAUGGCCGACUACACCAGACAGCUGGUGAAGCAGAACGGCUGCGAGGAGGUGGUCACGGUGCUCCAGGGGCGAGCCGAGGAGAUCGAGCUGCCGGAGCGGGUGGACGUCUUGGUGUCCGAGUGGAUGGGGAACUGCCUGCUGUUCGAGUUCAUGGUGGAGUCUGUUCUGCUGGCCCGGGACCGCUGGCUAAGGGAGGGGGGCAUCAUGUGGCCCUCAUCUGCCGCCCUCACCAUGGUGCCGUGUCAGGCCGAUCGUUAUUUCUCAGAGAAAAUGGCCUUUUGGGAGCAGCCCUAUGGCCUGGAUUUCACCCCUCUCCAGCCUUUGGCACAGCAGGAGUUCUUCACCAAACCCAAGUUCAGUUACCUCAUUGAACCCGCUGACUGCCUCUCUGCUCCCAGUGACGUCUUGUGCUUUAACAUGUACAAACUGCAGAUCAAAGACCUGGAGGAAAUGAGUGCUCAGUUUCAGUUUUGUGUGGAAAGGCCGGGUGUUUUCCAUGGAUUCACCGCCUGGUUCACCGUUCACUUCGAGAGCCUCGAGAAAGGGGGCACAGCAGUGGAGCUGAACACUGGACCCGACUCUGAGCCGACACACUGGAAGCAGACUCUGUUCAUGCUCGACAAGCCAGUCUGCGUUUGUGCCGGAGACUCGAUCGGUGGAGCCGUUGUUCUGCGCAGGAACCCAGUCUGGAGACGCCACAUGUCCAUCACCUUGAACUGGAGCAUUAACAGCAGCACAGAGGAAACGGACGACUCCCAGGUUGGGACAAAGACUUUCCCCAUGUGGAGGUGACAGAAUCUGACCCUGUCCAUAAAUCCACAGGGAAGCAGUCACACAUCCUCCGACCUGCGAGCUUAAAAUGACACUAGGUGCGACACUGACGGACGCUGCUGACGCAGCCCGACGAACACAGUGGGACGUAUUCUAACUGAACCGACGCUAACGGAGCUCACUGCGGAGUUCAGCUCAUAGACGACGCCGUUAAAGUUUCAAACACAUCAGUAUUACUGCAAACUGUGACAAUGUUUGCAUUUUAUUCUCAUUCAUGCAUACGGUUCUACAAUAAUUACUUUGUUUAAUUACACUAUGUAUAAAUGCUGUACAUGUCACGGACCUAAAAAUAACAGUACACUAGUUCAGGAUUAAGAGAAAUGUUGCUGGCAAACAUAAAUAUUCAUUAACACCAAUAA